GGAUCGCCCAUUUCCAGAGCGCCCCACCGUUCUCCGCCUCUGAUCCGUGCUUCGCGGCUCGGCUUUGCCCCUUCCACUUGCUGCCCUAGUCGCCUCGCCCGUGACCACCUCAUAGCAUACCUGCCACCCUGCUUGGCCCCGCCUUCCGAUAUUUGCUUCCCAUCACCUAGUAGCGUCCGGGAGGCCGCAAGCCCCGCCCCCUGCCACCUGGCACGGGAGGCACCAAAGUAACGUGGGCGGUCGUUGUGAUUUUAUGCUUGAGGAAAUCGAAUGUAGCGCCAAGGCCCAGGAUAUCCGUGAUUGUUCAGGACCCUUAAGUUCUCUUACUGAACUGAACACUAAAGUAAAAGAGAAAUUUCAACAGUUGCAUCACAGAAUACAGGACUUGGAACAGUCAGCUAAAGAGCAAGACAAAGAGUCAGAGAAACAACUUCUACUCCAGGAAGUGGAGAAUCACAAAAAGCAGAUGCUCAGCAAUCAGACGUCAUGGAGGAAAGCUAACCUUACCUGCAAAAUUGCAAUCGACAAUCUAGAGAAAGCAGAACUUCUUCAGGGGGGAGAUCUCUUAAGGCAAAGGAAAACUACCAAAGAGAGCCUGGCCCAGACAUCCAGUGCCAUCACUGAGAGCCUCAUGGGGAUCAGCAGGAUGAUGGCCCAGCAGGUCCAGCAGAGCGAGGAGGCCAUGCAGUCUCUAGUGCAGCAAACAGGCAGAAGCAAAAGGAGAGCAAGCAGGCGAUCCCAUGGUCACUCUCUGUUUACAACUUACCUGAACAUUUCAGCUCAGAACCAGCCAGCGGCCUUCUCUCAGUGUGUCCUGUGGGUGAGGCAUUGGAGAGCGAGGGAGCAGAGAGACAACUCAGCCUCUGAGUCCAGGGCGUUUAUGCUCUGGUGUGGUGAGAGGAUGCCCGCCCUGCUAACAGUGGGAAGGAGACACUGCCCUGCUGGUGGUUUCUGGGGUGUUGAGAGGGUCCAGUGUUCUUGGGGCCCAUUUUGUGGAAGUGAUAGCUAUUGAAAAAAAGAGAAGAAUACAACGACUGAAAAAAAGAGAAGAAUACAGAAGAAUAACCCCCUCCUUAUGCCUCAUAAAUUCAGCUUGAUUUAAAAAGCCUAUUAGGACCAUAAUUUUGAAACAGAAAUCUUAUUAGGAGUAUGGCGUUUGGACUUUGCAGCACAGUUGUAGGAGUAGGGGAGGUGGGGUGAGGGUGAACAGGAUUUCAGAGGUUGGUGGUUCUUGGUUAUGGGUGGUAGACACAUGACAUUUCAUGGUACUAUGCUGUCUGCUUUGUGAUGGUUCAAAAUUCUCCAUAAUAGUAAAGUUUAUGAAAAAAGACCUGUGAGGUUUUUACUUAGCACGUUCUUAGGGUUUUGACAUGGCAGCAGGCAGGCGUGGAGAAAGAGAGUGGAGAGGGAUUCCUGUUCUGUGCGCGUUUGUUUUUCUCCUUUUAUCCGUCACUUUCAAAAAGGUGCUGUGUUUCCUCUGAUAAUGUAUCUUAUUUACUUAGUAGCUUUUAAUUUGUGAAAAGGUAACACAUACAACAUAGAGAAGGAUAAAAAGCUCGAGCCCAGCACUGCCAGUAGAAACGUAACAGGAGCCACGUAUGUUAACUUUAAAUUUCCUAGUAGGCACAUUUUAAAAAGUAAAAAGAAACGUAAGAAAUUAAUUUUAAUAAGAGUUUAUUUAGCUCAUUAUGUAAACUAUUACAGUUUCAGUGUACAACUAAUAUUACCAAUUAUUGAGAUAUUUUAGCUUCCUUUUUUCAUAUUAAGUCUUUGAAACAUUGUGUGGAUUUGGCCAGGCAAGGUGGCUCAU